UCGACCAAUCAAGUUUCACAGAGGCGUGUCCGUUUACAGUUUCAACAAAUGAGAAGGCCGUUGUUUGAGAGAAGGCGGGACUAUUCUAUCCGUCAAUCAUUCUCGGGAGGCACAGAAAGAGCUAGGUUAGAGCAGCUAUUCAACAAGGCAAACAGCAGCUCCGUGCGAAAACCACUUUUACUAGUCCACAUCCAACAUCUACCGGGACACAACGGACAAUUGUCAUUUUAUUUCCACAUAAAUGCCCCUAUGGAUUACUAAUACAGCACCGUCGAAGAGCAGACGUGUUCCUCAGCUUGACAGCAAAGCUUUGGAUUCUUUACACUGGUCACCUAGAGGAGUCAUAGAGAGAUGAAGACUCUAGAGGAGCCCCCCUACCUGACUGUUGGGACGGAUGUGAGCGCCAAGUACAGAGGGGCUUUCUGUGAAGCCAAGAUCAAGACGGCCAAGAGGCUCGUCAAGGCCAAGGUGACCUUUAAAGCAGAUCUGUCUACAGCAGAGGUCCACGAUGAAAACAUCAAAGGGCCUCUGAAGGUGGGGGUUGUUGUUGAAGUGAAGAAUCAGGAUGGCGUUUACCAAGAGGCCACGAUUAACAAGCUGACUGAUGCCAGUAUUUAUACAGUCGUUUUUGAUGACGGCGACGAGAAAACCCUGAGGCGUUCUUCUCUCUGCCUGAAAGGAGCGCGGCACUUUGCAGAAAGCGAGACACUCGACAGACUCCCUUUAACAAACCCAGAGCACUUUGGCACACCGGUCAUUGGCAAGAAGGGCAACCGUGGUCGCAGGUCAAACCCUAUUCAAGAGGAGGAGUUGUCCUCCUCCUCCAGUGAAGAAGAGGAGAGCGACCAGCGGCAGAACGAGGAUCUAUUCGGUAAGGUGGUCUGUGUGGAGGGGGCAGUCACCGCUGACAAGAAGAAGAGCACGUGGUAUCCCGCUCUGGUCAUCUCCCCAGACUGCCAUGAAGACAUGACCGUGAAGAAGGACAACGUCUUCGUCCGGUCCUUCAAGGAUGGCAAAUUCUACAUGGUGCUCCGGAAGGACGUCAACGAGCUGAGCAGCGAGAAUCCUCCGAAAGCCGACGCAGGCGUCAAACCAGCUUUGGACGCAGCGUUGGAGUUCCGGCAGAAACAGGUUGUACCCAGCUGCUGGAAGACGGAAGUGAAAGAGGAGAGCUCCAGCAGCGAGGAGGAGGACGAGGAUGAGGAGGACGAGCAGGAGGAAGACGGCAGCGGGGAAGAGGAGGAGGAGGAAGUGGAACCUUUCCCAGAGGAGAGGGAGAACUUUCUGCAGCAGCUUUACAAGUUCAUGGAGGACCGAGGAACGCCCAUCAACAAGAGGCCUGUUCUGGGCUACAGGAACCUGAACCUUUUCAAGCUCUACAGACUGGUCCACAAACUGGGAGGCUUUGACAACAUCGAAAGCGGCUCUGUUUGGAAGCAGGUCUACCAGGAUCUGGGCAUCCCUGUGCUCAACUCAGCAGCUGGCUACAACGUCAAAUGUGCUUACAGGAAGUAUCUCUAUGGAUUUGAGGAAUACUGCACCUCUACUGCCAUCACUUUCAAGAUGGACCUGCCUUUGAAGCAGAGUCCUAAGAGAGAGGUGAAAUCUGAGGAGGAGCCAGGAAGAGCAGCUCCAACGUCCUCCAUCUCAGAAGAGCAGAAAACCCAGAUGGACAGAGAACUUUGCUCUCCACCAUCCAUCCUCUGCAAGGUACAGGAAGAAAAAGUGGAGUUCACCCAAAUCAAAUCGGAGUCAGAGCCAUCCAAAACGGAGGGAAAUUACAGCGCAAACAACGACGAUGACGACAAAGAAGAGGGUGCUUCAAAGGUAGAUGCAGAUGAGGGGUCAUCCACGUCUCGCCUCGGAGGUGAUAACGUAAAAAUGGAGCAGGAUGAUGAGCAGGAGAGCAAGGAAAACUCCGGGGAUGACAGCAGUCAGGAGGGGGAGGAAGGGGAGGAGUUUGAGUGUUACCCCCCGGGGAUGAAGGUGCAGGUGAGGUAUGGGCGAGGCCGCACUCUGAAGACGUACGAGGCCACUGUGAAAGAGGCAGACGUGGAGGGGGGAGAGGUGCUCUACCUGGUGCACUACUGUGGCUGGAACGUCAGAUAUGAUGAGUGGAUCAAGGCAGACAAGAUUGUGCGGCCAGCAAAUAAGAACGUCCCCAAAAUAAAGCACCGUAAGAAAAUAAAGAACAAAGCCGAGAGGGAGCAAGACAGGCUGGAGAGGCUCGGCGACAGAGAGGUCCUCGGCCCAAACCGGGUCCCGCGCUCCAAAUGUGGCCUGACUCAGGACGUCUUCUCCAAAAUGAACGAGGGUGAGGACAAAGGGACGCGGCAGUCUCCGGUCAAGUCCAUAGAAAUUACGUCCAUCCUCAAUGGUUUGCAAGCUGAGAUGUCCACAGAUGAGAGCGAGCAUGAGGAUGAGGAGCAGGAGCACAAAGAAGAGGAACAACCCAGCGGCAGCAUCAGACGAGGUCCGGCAGAGCCACCGAAAACUCCUGAGCGCUGGGAGAGUGGAGUCCCCUCUGACGGGUCCAAAGUGUCCGCUGUCUCUGGAAGAAGCCUGGAUGCUGUGGGGGCAGAAAGCCCAGAAGUUGGGAAGCGCAGAGGCCAGCCAGAGCCGGAGAGAGAGGUGAACACCAGGAAGAGAAAAUCUGACAGCGCAGCUGAAAGGAGCACGAAGGGCCCGUCAAAAGUCAAGACCAGGAACACCAGGAGUGCGGACUGGUUACCGAGUGGCUCCCCUCGGAAGCUGGAGGACAGAGGAGCUGGUCCUGGAGUGGAGAGAGGGACUCUGUCCAGCAGCAGCUCAGAGGAUGAGAGCACAGCGCCAGCAGAGAUCCCUGCUGAGGAGAACGAGCGAAGCCGCACAAAAACCAAAGCAAAGAAGUACAACGGGCUAAAGGAGAAGAGCAAAGCUGGAAGACAGGCUGGCUUCUGGGAGAUUCCUGAGAAGAGGGCUAAAGGGUUGGGGAGCGCCGAGGAAAAAGGGGGCAUUCGACCCAAAGGACAGAAGGACGUGUGGUCCAGCAUCCAAGCCCAGUGGCCAAAGAAGACACUCAAAGAGCUGUUCUCUGACUCAGACACAGAGGCGGCCAACUCUCCUCCUCCUCCCGUACCCUCAUCUCUGGACGAAUCCAGAGAUGACCAGGAGGAAGGGCCGGAGGACGAAGGCUCCGAGGAGCAGAUGGAGAACGACAAGCUUCAGGAGUUUCCCAGCAGCGGAAGCAACUCUGUGCUCAACACCCCUCCCACGACGCCCGAGUCUCCCUCGGGUGGAGGAAGCAUGGUGGAGGAACCCAGCCAAGCCCCGCCCCCUUCUCCACCACAGACUCCUCCACCCGUCAUACCUCCAGAGCCGGCUUCUGACGCUCUGCCCCCAGAUCCAGUACAGGAGGAAGCAGCCGGUGGUCGCAGCGAGACAGACAGCAGCACCGUGGAGGUGGAGAGCCUCGGCGGAGAGCUGCAGGAGCUGCAGCAGGACGACGGGGCGGGGUCCCCCUCCAAGGUUUUUGACGUCAGUCUGUCCUGUAACAGCAGCAGCAGCUUGGAGUUGAGCAGCAGCAGCCAGCAGGACGGUGAGCAGAAGUCCAAAGUGUCUGUGGGUCAGAAGAGGCCGAAGGAAUCGCAGGCAGGCGGAGCCUCAAAGAAACACAAGCCUUCCCGCAAAAGCCUCGGUGUGCCUCCCAAAAAGAACCGGAAAACAGCUAACAGCAGCGACAGCGAGGACCAGUCUGUUGUUGAAGGUACGGCCAAACCAGCCGCCUGUAAGAACAGUGCUUCGGACCUGAAGGCCGCCGCUUCGCCCAAGUAUCACGGCCGCUCUCCCCCCUCCAGCCAUAAGUACCACAAGCAGGGCGACACCGAUCACUCUCACCACAGAGACGGCCACGGUAGAUCACCACGGGUGUACAAAUGGAGUUUCCAGAUGUCUGAUCUGGAAAAGAUGAGCAGCCUGGAGAGGAUUUCAUUUCUUCAGGAGAAACUUCAAGACAUCCGGAACCACUACCUCUCCCUGAAGUCGGAGGUGGCCUCUAUCGACAGGAGGCGGAAACGCAUGAAGAAGAAGGAAAGAGAAAGCGCAGUAGCUGCUUCUUCUUCCUCCUCUUCUUCGCCGUCAUCGAGUUCGCUAACAGCAGCAGUGAUGCUGACGCUCGCCGACCCUCCUGUACCGUCUUCAUCCUCCUCAUCUCAGAACUCUGGGGUAUCAGUGGAGUGCAGGUGACAGGAAGAAGCGGCAGCAGUAAGGACCCACCGCACGAAGCACUUAACCAGCACCCCGAGGUCGCCGCCCCCUUUCCUUUUCAGCAGGGCGGAGAAACCAACCUGACUGGUUCUCCUGCCACAGCUGGGGCACAAAAACCAGAAAAACAAGCACUAUUUUCUACUGACAACUGUUUCCUCGGCAAGCUAUCCGCACUUAAGUGCACUUUUAUGAAGAUUGUGUUUGGGGGGGAUGACAUUUUUUUUUUUUAAACUUUAGCCACAUCUCACUUUUGUGCUUUUAUUUCAUUUGGAGUUUUUUUUUUUUACAAGCAAUAACGGUUUCCGUUUGAUGGAGUUAGAAUUGGAUCACUUCAACCAACCAACAGAGUCCCGCUGCCACAUUUCUCUGUCCAUUUUCUGGCUUUGCAGUCCCACAGAAGGCCGUGGAUUUGGUUUCAGCUCAUCUCUGAAAGCUCCAGUGGAUGAAGAUGGAGUAACGCUGUAGUGCCUUUUGUUCCUCUGGAGAAAUUAAAUUUGCUUUCUAAGAAAAAACAAAAAAGAAAAACUGAAGUUUGGUUUGUGAGUGAGCAGCCAGCGAAGGGCUACGUCUGACCGAUGGUAAUGGAUGCUUUCCAUGUAUUUAACAACCUACUACUGAAUGCUCAGCCAUCCUGGGUAUUACUGUUGGAUGUGGCAUUAUAAACAGUGCAGUGAUGAAAUAGAAAAUAUUCACAUCAUCUACCUUUUUUAAUUAUUUUUAAUGCCUCUCUGCUGUAGCUCAGGACGUCCUGAGUCCUGCCCAGCCUUUUUCGCUGAAGAUGUGAUGUCUAAUGUACGGUAGAAGAUUAAG